AUGAAUGAGUCAAAUACCCCUUCCACUCCUGACACGGAGUACUCUCCGCCCUGCAGUCCCCCGCAAAAGAGCAAGCACCUCCGGGAUACUCGGAAAAGGCAUGAUUGGAGGGGCGUCGACUAUAUCAGAUUAUGCAUUCUAAACUUUAUAGCCAUACCCGAGAAGGGCAUCCCGGCUAUCAAGACGACUGAUGGACCAAAUGGAGCGAGAGGAGGGAUAUUUGUUGGCGGCACAAAGGCUGCCCUAUUUCCAUGCGGCAUCUCACUCGCAGCCACCUGGAACAAGGACCUCCUCUACCAAGUCGGCCAACACCUAGCCCUCGAAGCAAAAGCGAGAUCCGCAGAGAUGCUCCUCGCUCCUACAGUCUGUAUGCACCGUCACCCUCUCGGCGGCCGUAACUUUGAGUCCUUCUCCGAAGACCCCCUCCUCACGGGAAAGCUCGCGGCUCAAUACAUCAAGGGUCUACAAGACAGGGGCGUAGCAGCAACCAUCAAGCAUUUUGUUGGGAAUGAGCAGGAGACGAAUAGGCUGACGAUAGAUUCGCUCAUCACUGAGAGGCCUCUCCGAGAGCUCUACCUCCGUCCGUUUGAGAUUGCGAUCCGGGAGGCGAAUCCUUGGGCCGUCAUGUCUUCGUAUAAUCUCAUCAAUGGUGUCCACGCCGACUUGAAUAAGCAUACGCUCAAGGAUAUUUUGCGAGGAGAAUGGGGUUACGAUGGAACUGUGGUUUCGGAUUGGGGUGGCAUCAACUCGUCCGUCGAAUCUGUACAGGCUGGAUGUGAUAUCGAGUUCCCCUAUUCAGCAAAGUGGCGAUUAGACAAGCUCAUCACCGCAGCCAACGAAGGCCUCAUCAGCAUGGAGGAUAUCGAUCAAGCUGCGGAGAACAUGCUCACAUUGGUAGAGCGACUCAAGGGAAGCGACAUGUCACCAGAGGAACCUGAGCGAGAGGACGAUCGAAAAGAGACGCGGGAACUCAUCCGAGCUGCUGGACAUGAGGGACUCACCCUUCUUAAAAACGACAAUGGCAUUCUCCCGCUGUGCCCCAAGUCUACCAAGGUCGCUGUCAUCGGACCAAACGCCAACAGAGCCAUCGCCGGCGGUGGUGGAAGUGCUAGUCUGAACCCGUACUACAACACGAUUCCCCUCGACAGCAUCCGCAAGGUAUCUCAGAAAAAGGUCACUUUUGCUCAGGGGUGUUAUAUCCAUAAGUGGCUUCCUGUUGCGUCCGACUACUGCACCGACAAGUCUGGUAAGCCUGGUGUCAACAUUGACUGGUUCGCGGGCGACAAGUUCGAGGGAAGUCCUGUGGUGAUACAGCGAAGGACAAACACAGAUCUCUUCCUAUGGGAUUCAGCACCUCUUCAGCAAGUUGGACCUGAGUGGUCUGCCAUUGCUACAACGUACCUCACGCCAAAGACUACCGGCAAACACACCAUCAGCUUCAUGAGUGUAGGUCCUGGGAAGCUAUACGUCAAUGGACAGUUGGUCCUUGACCUAUGGGAGUGGACUGAAGAGGGAGAGGCAAUGUUUGACGGCUCGGUGGACUACCUCGUCGAAGUCGACAUGGAAGCAGACAAGGCAGUCGAACUCCGCGUGGAAAUGACCAACGAACUCCGUCCCAUCUCGAAGCAGAAGCAAUUUGGCAUCACGCACAAGUACGGCGGCUGCCGUAUCGGAUUCAAGGAGCAGGAUCGUGUCGACUACAUCCAGGAGGCGGUCGAGACGGCUCGGGCGGCGGAUGUGGCUGUGGUGAUUGUUGGAGUAGACGCCGAAUGGGAAUCAGAGGGUUAUGAUCGCCAGACGAUGGAUCUGCCAGUUGAUGGGAGUCAGGAUAGGCUCAUUGAAGCCGUGGUGAAAGCGAACCCACGAACCAUUGUCGUCAACCAAUCUGGCAGCCCGGUUCAUAUGCCCUGGGCAGACAACGUUCCCGUCAUCAUCCAAGGAUGGUACCAAGGCCAAGAAGCAGGAAACGCCCUCGCCGAUGUCCUAUUUGGCAUCGAAAACCCAAGCGGCAAACUCCCAGCAACAUUCCCCAAGCGAAUCGAGCACACUCCAGCCUGGCACACCUGGCCCGGCGAGAACCACAAAGUCCUCUACGGUGAAGGCCUCUACAUCGGCUACAGACACUACGACCACGCCAAGAUAACCCCCCUCUUCCCAUUUGGCCACGGCCUCUCCUACACAACCUUCGAGUACGGCCGUCCCGAGAUCUCGACCCGAACGCUGACACCCGACGGCGUCAUAAACAUCACACUUGCCAUCUCAAACAUUGGCAGUCGCGCCGGUGCAGAGACGGUGCAGCUAUAUGUUCACGAUGAAAAGAGUCGGUUGCCAAGGCCGGACAAGGAGCUCGUGGCGUUUGAAAAGGUGUUCCUCGAAGCGGAUGAGACGAGACAUAUUACCAUCAGCUUGGACAAGUACGCUGUUGGGUACUAUGACGAGACUGUUCCUGGAUGGAUCGCCGAGGAGGGUGCCUUUAAGGUGCUCAUCGGAGCGUCGAGCGCUGAUAUCAGAUUUUCCGUCAAGGAGUCGUUUACCUGGGUAUUCUAA